CCAGCGGGGCGGUGAGGCGGGAGCGCGGCGGAAGUCAGGGUUUGUCAUUGCAACACAGUGGCCCUUUGGGCUACUGGGGGGGCGUUCGGGCGGGUUUCCCCGGCGGGAGCUGUGAGGCCGGGGACCCCCGGGCACCUCGCGGUACUUCCAGACUAGGAAGCAGCGCCCCCAGCCCCUCCGAGCCGAGCGAGGGUCUGUGCUGGCUGCCCAGGGGCACUGUGGCUCUUGUUUGACAAGAACAAUGUGCGCCAAGUUGGAAGAGAAAAGCUGAAAACCCAAGUUGUGAUUUUUCAUUGGAGUUCUCUGUCAGGUUCCUUGUCUUCCUGGAGAGUUGUGUCGUCCUUUGCACUGCCUUUGCCUGAGCUAGUGGAAUUGUGUGUGCCUUCUUGCCUGGGUGGUGAACAGCCCAUCUACUGCACUGAACCACCAGUCGAUCACAAUGAAGGCCUUAUAUUGUCAGCAGAAUUCACCUGGAGGGGAAAUGACAUUUGCCUUCCAGGAAAGAGAAAACCUUCCUCCUCCGAGAGACAAUGAUGUGAAAGUGCAAGUUAGAGCCUGUGCACUGAGCUGGAUAGAUGCAAAGCUCCUGUCAGAAAUUAAACUGGAAAAGGAGCUUAUACCCGUUGGUCGAGAAAUUUCUGGAGUUGUAUUGGAAGUUGGAAGAAAGGUGACCUUUUUUCAGCCAGAUGAUGAAGUGGUGGGAAUUUUGCCCCUGGAUUCAGAAGAGUCUGGUCUGUGUGAGGUUAUUCUAAUUCAUGAGCAUUGUUUGGUUCGUAAACCUGAAAAAGUUUGUUGGGUUGAAGCAGCCGGGACUGUUCGUGAUGGUGUCCGAGCAUACACAGCUUUACACUACCUUUCUCAAGUCUCUCCUGGAAAAACUGUCCUUGUAAUGGAUGGAGCAAGUCCAUUUGGUACAAUAGCUAUUCAGUUAGCACAACACAGAGGAGCCAAAGUAAUCUCUACUGCAUAUAAUGUUGAAGAUAAACAGUACCUGGAGAGGCUUAGAUCGCCAGUGGAAGGGAUACGGCAACCUUUAGUGGUUAGAGUGAUAGAUGUGUCAAAUGGAAAGAUAGAUGUGGCAGAAAGCUGCUUGGAAGAAACGGGUGGCCUGGGAGUGGAUAUUAUUCUAGAUGCUGGAGUGAAAUUAUACAGUGCUGAAGAUGAAUCAACUUCAAAAUCACAAUUGCUGCCUCAUAAGCAUGAUAUCAUUACUCUUCUUGGUGUCGGGGGACACUGGAUAACAACAGAAAAAAAUCUUCAGCUGGAUCCUCCAGAUAGCCAUUCCUUGUUUCUUAAAGGGGCCACAGUCUCCUUUCUGAAUGAUGAGAUAUGGAACUUGUCCAACAUCCAGCAAGGGAAGUAUCUCUAUACGCAUCUUGGAAGACAUAAUGGAGAAAUUAUCAAGCAGCAUUUUCAGGCCUCAGCUGGAUGAACCGAUCCCAUUGUAUGAAGCCAAAGUUUCUAUGGAAAUGGUUCAGAAGAAUCAAGUGAGAAAAAGACAAGUCAUCCAGUUUUGACAUACAAUUUCCAGAUUUCUAAGCCUGUGGAAGAUACAGAAACGUAAUGUAUUUGAGAAGUAAAUUUGAGUACGCUUUCAAAUAAUUCUGUAACCAGAAUUUAAAGAUCUUUUGUCCCUGAGCACAAAUAAGUCUGUGAAGCUCCUGUGACUUCAAGGUUUGUUUUUCUCAGAUCCACUUGAGCAGAAUGUACCCAUCAGCAACUUCUAAAGAGGCAGUCUUGACAUACAAAUAUUGUCUGCCCUGCCCCAAUUACAAAUGUCAGUAAUAUCUGUGGGCAAGCUCAGUUGCUGUCAUUCUUCAACCAUAAGAAAUUGAAGGGGAAAUAAAGAUCUGGUGUUUUUUUUAUAAGUCCUCCCUUCUUCAGCCCCUACCACUAGUCACUUGCGUGACACCUUUUGCUUUUGACUGCCCUGAGGCUGAGCACUCUCUGUGGUACACUUAAUGUCUGUAACCCACAUUUUAAAUUGACAUUUAGUUGAAAGACAAUCAAAAUCAUCAGAAUUGGCAAGGAUGCUAGAGGGGAAAGAUAUGGUACUGACUGCAAGAGUUGCGCCCCACAGCUGGUUUUCUUCGUUUUAGUAACCAGGCAGUAGACCUAGUAAACCUGGAGUCUAUAAGGUGAUAUGAUCAUGUCUUUCAGCUGUUAGAGGCAUUUUAUGUAUCUUAUUACUGCAAUGUUAUCUUUGAUAUCUUUCCAGUAAGACCUUCCUAUGCUGUGUGCUCCCACUUCCCCUCUUUUAACCUCAGUCCUAUGCCUAGCACAGCUCAAAUGUAUUUAUGCAACAUUCUCCAUUACCGUGAACCAUUUGCAAAUCAGCAGUAGGGAAGGAACUGCUGAUUUUUUUCUUCAAAGCAGGCAGCUUCCUAUUUGCUCUUGUUUGAGAGCAAAUGUAUUUUUUUCUGUUCAGGUGUGCAAUUCAUUUUCACUGUGUGGAUAGCUCAAACAGUGGACACUAGCACUUGAAACCAAUAUAAGUUGGAACAUUGAAGUGAAAAUAGAUUAUCUAGAACCAUGAUUACUCUGUCCUCUAUCAUCACUUGAUGCAAGGAAAGCAUAUAAAAGCAUGAGUAAAUAUUAUUUUACUACUAAUGUGACGUUAGGCAGCUUUGAAAAGAAGUGAUGUUUUUUAGUGUGUGUACACACACGUCUAAAGCAUGUGAAUCCUCUAUUAGAUGUUUAUUCUGAAGCUUUGUACCCAGCUGCUUUAUUUGUCCUGAUAAUUGUUCAUUUUAGCUUACAUGUUUGCAAAAUAAAGCAGAUCAGAGGAGAUAAGAGUUAAAAAAUAAAGUUUAAUAAAACAGAAACAACCACUGGCAACAGAACUGCAGAAGAAAGAUUUUAUAGUAUAUUUUUUAUUUUAGGUCAUUUGUCAAUAGAUAUGUUGCUCCUAACUACAUAUAUAAAUGUGUGAACUCCAAGUGCCACAGCCUAAGGCUAAAUAUUGCUGAACUUACUCUUACUCUUUUGGCUGGAUCAGACUGGGAGGUAAAUGUCUCUGUGCUUCAGGUGUUAAGCAGUCUAUUGGUGCAUUUAGUUGGCUGAAGUGUGUCAGUAUUUUCUCAUGCUCUUUAGUAAUGCUAGCUUGAGACUUGCAUGUGCUUGACCAAGAGGGUUCCUGAGGCUUCCUAAGCAAUUGCCUCUGCUUUUGCACAUCCCCUGACAGAAGGAAGCAGAAAAUGGUUUGACUGCAAGAACAAGUCUCCCUAGCGCUGGGGGGAAACGUUGCCAGGUGCUUGCCUGUUCCCUAGUAGGUUUGACAACAAAAUUGCGUCACUGCCCAGCAGUACACUGAUCUGAGGCCCUGUGAAGGCCGCUGUGGUCUUCUAUAGUGCUGGUAGCAGGAGAAGCAUGCCAGGAGCCCUGCCGACUCAGGGUCCUGCCCAGGUUUUGCUGAGGAUGCUCUGGCUCUGCUGACCGCAAGAUGACGUGUGGAUGAUGUGUAGAUUUCCAUUCAGGGCAGUCAUACGUCUUCAAAAACAGCUUUGCGUCUGGAUUAAUUUUAUACUCCACCACUGUUCUAUUCAACAGCUUUCAGCACUGUGUUUUGGAAAGGAUCAUCUGUCUGGUGUGGGCUGAAAACUGCUGCCCAUUUCUUGGUGGUAAGGGGAUGGAUGGGUGCCUUUCUACAGCAGAGUCGGAAGCAACAUCCCCCAGGGAGUUGCAGUCACGAGUCUUCUACCCCAUAUAUGCAGAGUGUGUGUUUAUCUUGCAUUCCACACAGCUGGAACCAUGCUCUACUACCCUCACAGAUGAUUUUUGUCCUGGUGCUGCCAUGUUGUGAUUUUGUCAAUGUCUGGAGAAACCCCUUCAGGCUGAUUUAGAUUGGACUCAAAAACCCAUUUACAGGUAUUUUAGCAGUAACACUGUUUUUAUUCACUAGGAGGUGGGCUGGGAGGGUAGUGGCGGGGCAGCAGGACAGUGCAAAAAAAAUAAACAUCCUGUUGCAUUCUCAACAAAUAAAAGUGAAACUUCUUUAUCAUUAUUUCAAAGGUAGAUGAAAUAAAGUGUAAAUUAACUAUGAUAUAAUGAACUGGAUGAUAUUUUAAACAAAUUAUACCAUAGGUAAUCAAAUUAAUGAAGAAUGCUUUUCCUUGCAUUUCUACAUGAAGAUCCCAUAUCCUUUUCCUAUCGUAAUGACACUUCAGUCCCCUGUGCCAUAAGACACUUGCUAUCAUCUGAGCUGCUGUGGUCUUUUUCUCCCUCCAUGCCUUUUACUCCAUUCAUGAUAAAGGGCCAGCAUUUUCUGUGGCCACCUUGGAGGGAUUGCUGUGCUGUUUGGCUUGUCAGCAUGCUUCUGCUGGUUUCCCAGCUUUGGGUCAGAAAGAACAGGUAUCAACUGAGCCUGGGUGGCAGUCUUUUCCAUAGCUGUGGGAUUAGAUCUGCAACAAGUGGUGUUCCCUCGGGGCUCAAUGCUGGGUCCAGUUUUGUUCAGUAUCUUUAUCAAUGAUCUGGAUGAGGGGAUUGAGUGUACCCUUAACAAGUUUGCAGAUGACACUAAGCUGGGAGGAAGUGUUGAUCUGCUGCAGGGUAGGGAGGCUCUGCAAAGG